GGGCGCCGGGGAGAGCGCGGUCGCCGUAAGGGCCGGGAGUCGGCGGCGCGGGGAGCUGAGGCACGGCGGAGUCUUUGAAAAAUCCUUAGUGGUCAUGACAUUGUAACAAGUGACAUAAAUUAGCCAGUGGCUCAGAAUGAUGGAUACCCAGAAGACUACAAAUGGUUUGCAAGUGAUUGGAGAAGGGACUGGUAUAGGGAAAUCGACACUCCACAUGGUGGGGUAUUUGGGAAAAAACUGUAAUCCUGUGGAAACAACUGCGCAGGAAUAUUGUCCAGUCUGCAAAGAGAAGGGCCAGAUUCAAGUUUUACGGACUUACCGCAUUAAUUUUCAAGAGUCCAUUUUUCUUUGUGAAAAUCCUCAGUGUAUCUACCCACUUGGUUAUAAACCAUUAAACAGCAUAAUUACUUCUGCUGAUUCAGAAAAUCAUCAAGUUUCACCUACUCAUAAGAAAAGGAAAUUGUGUAACAUCAGUGACUUUUCUCCUGUUCAAUCACAUCCAAAAAAAGCAAGAACUAAUAAUGUGGUAGACGUUGAGCAUUCUAUUAAUACAGACCCUGUUGUUAAAUGCUAUCAGAAUAGCUUAUGUAUUCCCAAGUCAAGCCUACAUGAUGUGUUACAAAAUGACGAGCAAAAACCUAGUAACAAUGUGGAGUCCUGCCUGCAGAAGGUGGAUUUUGAAACAACCACCAACGCCAACAACUACCAAGAAAGUCCGCCUAAGACUUCUAGUUGCAGAACACAACUCUUGCCAAAUUCUGAACUUUGCUCAACAACAUCAGAAAUUUUGCUCAAAGAUGGUAAAGGUUCCACUAAUAACACAGAUUUAUGUCUUCAAUGGAGAAACAUGCAUAAUCUUUGUUGGUUAGAUUGUAUUUUGUCAGCGCUGGUACACUUAGAAACAUUAAAAUUUGCUCUAGCAGAAGACUAUAAUGAUGGAAGAUGUUUACUCCAGAAACUCUUAACAAAAUAUAAUCAAGCAACUGUGCUUCUGAAUACCUGUAAAAGGAGUAAAGUAAAAGAUGUUCUUCCAACAGCAGAAUCUCAUCUCAAUGAAAUCAGAAACAGAAUGUUUACACAGCUUCAGCCUCAGCUUAAGUGUGAACUAGGUCAGAAGGAGAGUCCAGUGUUUGCACUCCCUCUACUCUUACAACUGGAUCAACAAGCUGAGAAACUAUUCUUGCAUUCAUUUUCAUGGAAGUUUGAAUGUGUAUGUUGUGGCUACAAAUACCAGGACCGAUUUAGGAAAACACUAACAACAUUCACAAAUAUAAUCCCUGACUGGCAUCCACUUAAUGCUGUUCAUGUUGGACCAUGUAAUAACUGUAGUGAUAGAUCUCAAAGAAGACAGAUGAUUUUGGAAAAAGUACCCUCAAUAUUAAUGUUACAUUUCGUAGAAGGCUUGCCACAUAACAACCUGAAGAACUAUUCAUUUCAGUUUGAAGAAGACACCUACCAAAUAACCUCUAUUGUUCAGUAUCAAACAGAUAAGAAGCACUUCAUAACCUGGUCUUUGAAUCCUGAUGGAACUUGGCUUGAGUGUGAUGAUUUAAAGGGGCCAUAUUGCAAGAGACAUAAAAGAUUUGAAGUUCCUCCUUCAGAGAUUCAUAUUGUUAUCUGGGAAAAGAAAACAUCCCAUGUGCCAGAAGAACUGAAUUCACAGUUCCAGAGUAAAAACAUAGAAGAUUUUCCUCUUAAUAAUGUACACUCAAAUUCCACAGCGUUGCACUGUGGUUUUGAUAACACUGUAGACAAAAUACCUGAAGAACAUUGCAAAGAGGAUUCUGUGAGAACUCCAGAUAAGAAACAGCAGCGGGUAGCUGAGGAUGAAAGUAUUGUACAUCAUGGUUUGGAAGAUCUGGCACAUGAUGAUCUUGUAACACUGAUGCUUGAAGAAAUUCAAGUUGACUCAGAAGGUAAAUCGCUGCUGAAUGGACAGAUGGUGGGAAAUAACCUUGUUGUUGAAGUGGGCACACCUCAACAGCAGGAAUCAGCUUUUUCACCUAACACUCCAUAUACAGGAGAGUUUGCUGCAACUAGUCUAGCUAUGAAGAAUAAAUGCAUGUUAUAUGAAAAUUCCAGCAUUUGCUUACCUCUAGAAGAGUUGAACUCAGCAAAUAUUACUUCUCCUGUGCCCAAAACCCCCAACGCCGACCCAUCUGACUCAUCACUUGCUCAAAGAAUAAAUGACAGAACUAAUUUACCUAACAGAGAACAUGGAAUAAAUUCAGAACUACAGCUAAACACGAAGUUGUCACCAGUAGAGAAUAUUAUACAAAAAUCACCUGACUUGAAAGAUGCAAGCAAAAUUGUAGUUAAUUCUCAGGAUGCCAAUUCUUCUUCUUCCAAUAAUUCCUUUCAGCCUUCACACAAAGACCAAAAAAGAGGAUUUGUAGGAAGCUGGGUAAAGAAAUUAUUAAGCAAGAAUACUUCUUUCAUGCCUUCAAGUGCCUCAGCUCUCAAGAAUGAGAGAAGUUGCAAAACUCCCUCAAUGCAAAAAAUAAGUGAAGUGCGGUUGCCAGUUAAGGGAGCAAGUAACUUUGGUGGAUUUCAAAGCAGAAGUACAAACAAAACAACUGAGACCCCGAAGUCAGUGGUUCCUCAGAGUAAUAAUACUCAUCCUUUAUCAAAUUUCAAAGGAUUUUCUCAAAGCACUCGUCUUCCAACAGCAAGUCAUACCACUAUUGAAGGUCCAACUUGGAAUAAGUCAGGAAGUACGUUGGGUACCUCAGGUAAAGUGUCUCAGUUCCAUUCACCUCGCUAUAAUUCUGGGAAGGCAGAAGAGUCAGAUAGUGACAAAACAAAAAAACUUCGCCUAAAACUGUUAAAAAAACUUAAUGCUAAAAAGAAGAAGUUGGCUUCACUGGAUAGGCUGGCAGUGGAACAGAUGAAACAUGAAAAACCUGUGAGUAGAGAUGUAAGCACCCCAUCACAGACUGAAUCUCACAAUGACAGUGAAUUAUUGCAGAGCUUUUUAAGGGAACUGCAGUAUCAGAUUGAUGUUGCAGAUAAUGAAUCUGAAUUUAAUGCGAACUCUGUAUCAGGGUGCACUAGCCAUAAUAACAAUGAUGAAAUUCUGGCAGAAUUACUGUCCCCUACUUCAACUGUUGCUUCCUUAGAGGCUCCAAAAAGUGAAGAUGAAUGUAUGUAUAUGGAAAUGGUGGAUAGCAGUGUUGCAACGACAGCGUCCGAUGAGAAGACCAGUGUACCACAAGCAGCAAUGACAAGUGAGGACCACAAUUAUUACAGUCCUGUAAAGGACAGUAAUUUGGAACUUCAUACAAUAAGCAAACCUAGUGUGAAAAAACUUGCUUUUGAAAGUCCUACUAGGGAGGAUAUCCUUGAAGACCUGUUCUCCAUUUCAGCACCAAGCUCAAUGGCAGGUGACAUAGAUUUACCUCAUUUUGAUGAAACUCUGUUUGAAACUUGGUAAAUAUUCACUUUCUUGGUUUUAAGUACUUUUCAAUAUUAUGUAUAUUUUGAAACAAAGCACUAUUAAAUUAUAUUUUCUAACUAGUUUAAUUGCACACUGGCUGUACUUGAACAAUUUACAUUUGAGGUAUUUUUUUUUUCUUAAAUCUUAUUGUAGCA